ACAUGGAUAAGACUAUAUCAAGAGAGCGGGAGGGAACCAAUGCCAAAUCCAUCUCUUUAUCUCAUCCCACCCUUCAAAAACAACACAACAAAUAAUGGCAACUACUUCUACAGUUCCACGCUUUCCCAGUCUCAUAUCCUCAACUUCAACCUCAACCUCAACCAGUAAUCCAAAACCUCCACAGCUUCACUUCAAAGCCCAUAAUGCAGCCAGAUUUUCUCAGCAGAUAAGUCAGAGCUCUCUCACUCUCAGUCUCAGAAGAGAAGUACUGCUUAAAGGCCUAGCAGCAGCGGCUGGUGCAGUGCUCCCUCUUCUUAAAGCACCUCCUUCUUUUGCAGCUAAAGAAGUGGAGGUGGGUUCUUACCUCCCCACUUUGCCUUCUGACCCUUCCUUUGUUCUCUUCAAAGCCUCUCCCAAAGACACCCCAGCUCUUCGCGCAGGAAAUGUGCAACCCUACCAGUUCAUCCUCCCACCAACUUGGAAGCAAUUGCGAAUAGCAAAUAUAUUAUCUGGUAAUUACUGCCAGCCAAAAUGUGCAGAGCCUUGGGUGGAGGUGAAAUUCGAAGAUGAGAAACAAGGAAAAGUCCAGGUAGUGGCUUCACCUUUGAUACGCCUGACCAAUAAACCAAAUUCAUCGAUUGAAGAAAUUGGGAGCCCUGAGAAGCUCAUUGCUUCUCUUGGCCCUUUUGUUACUGGAAAUACAUAUGAUCCAGAUGAACUCCUUGAGACAUCAGUUGAAAAGCUUGGUGAUCAAACGUAUUACAAAUAUGUGCUUGAGACUCCUUUUGCUUUGACGGGUUCACAUAAUCUUGCGAAGGCAACAGCAAAGGGGAACACCGUCGUCUUAUUUGUAGCAAGCGCAAACGAUAAACAGUGGAAAGCAUCUGAGAAAACUCUAAAAGCCAUGCUUGAUUCCUUUCAGGUGUAGCUCUCUCUUCAAUUUGUUACUUUUUGACUUUCAAAUGUACAAAACUACAAAUAACUAGAGCCGAAAGCAUGUUGUCAAUUGUUGAAUUUUUGCGGUUCUUUGAGGUUGGAAGGUUGAUACCAGAGAUCAAAUUUUAGCAAACAUUUGAAUUAGUGUUGCUAUGGAUGAUUGAGUUUACAUAGAAACCAUUUUUCAGAUGAUUGAAAGUA